CAUCCACCUUCCCCUUCUUCCCGGAUCCUCACUUAUUUUACCUAAGUUAAGCGAUGGAACCAUACACUAAAGAAAAAAAAUCGUCCUUGGGUCUUUGGUGUUCAUGUUUGUGUGAAAGAAUCUAGAAUGUUCCAAGAAAAGGUGUCAGCCAAUUGCUUAAAUAUGGUAACAACAUCUACUGAAGAUGGUGCUUUCCAAAAAAAAGGCCAUAGUGCUCGAGUCCUUAGCCCAGAAGAAGCAGAAAAACUGGAAAAAGAUAAGGUUUUGGUGUCUGAGUUCAAACAACUAAAACUGGAGAAAGAGGCACAGAAGAACUGGGAUCUAUUUUACAAAAGAAACAGCACCAAUUUCUUCAAAGACAGACAUUGGACAACCAGAGAGUUUCAAGAGUUAAAGGCAUGUCGUGAGUUUGCAGAUCAAAAACUGACCAUUCUGGAAGCAGGCUGUGGGGUUGGGAACUGCUUGUUUCCACUCUUAGAAGAAGAUCUGAAUAUUUUUGCAUAUGCCUGUGAUUUCUCUCCUAGAGCUGUUGAGUAUGUGAAGAAAAAUGCCUUAUAUAGUACUGAAAGAUGUAAAGUGUUCCAGUGUGAUCUUACCAAAGAUGAUCUUCUAGACAAUAUACCAGCAGAUUCCGUGGAUGUUGUCACACUUAUAUUUGUGCUUUCUGCCAUUCAUCCUGACAAAAUGCAUCUUGUCCUGAGGAACAUUUACAAGGUGUUAAAACCAGGCAAGUGUGUCCUGUUCCGAGACUAUGGCCUGUACGAUCAUGCAAUGCUCAGGUUUAAAUCUGGCAGCAAACUUGGUGAAAACUUCUAUGUCAGACAAGAUGGGACAAGAUCGUAUUUUUUUACUGAAGAGUUCUUAUUUCAGCUUUUCAAGGCUGAGGGAUAUGAGCAAGUGGUCAAUGAAUAUGUGCAGCGAGAAACUGUGAAUAGGAAAGAAGACUUGCGUGUUCCAAGAGUUUUUCUUCAAAGCAAAUUUCAAAAGCCUUUCAGUGAGACAAGUUCUUGCUGAUUAGCAACAGCAUUGCUUGUUUGAAAUGGAAGCUAGCACAUCAGCUGUGUACUCAUCUUUCUGGUGAACCAAAAAUGACAGCACCCAGUAUCUCUUGUUGGUUUCCUUCUUAGGAUACAAAAUAUGAAUGCUAUUUUAAUUCAAUUUAAUAUUUAAUUCCAUUUUAAGACAGUUUAGUGAUGCAGGCAGCCUGUUGAGCAUCUGUAUUCCUGGUUCUAAAAUAAAACCUGUGCAACAUUGUUGGAGGAUGAGGUAAAGCAUAAAAGUAAACUUCCAUUUUUAUUAAAAACUAUUUUAAAAUAAGUCUCCUGUAUUUCCUGUCACUUGUGAUUUUUGAGGCUUGUUAAAUUUACGAUAUUUCACUUACUUGCAGUGCUUUUAGGACUUCUGAGUGUACUUCCUCAGAUACAGAAAUGAAACAGACUCAGUGAGCAGUGUAGUGUAAGCUGCCUUAAUAUUUUAAUAAUGGUAUCUUUUUAAUAUGCUCAGCAUUUAGAUGUGUAAACAAAUGUUUAUAUUCUAAGUAAGAUCCUAAUUUAUCUGAUUUCAUGCUUGAAAAAGCAUGUUUGUGGAUCAGGUUGUAUUUAUCCCUAAUUAAUUUAAGAUGUUCUUAAUUAAAUGUGCAGAAAUAUUUGGAAGUUUUGCAAGCCAGUUUCCUUUUUGAAACUGAAAUCAGCAAGUCAGGAGUAUUUUCUUUGAUAUGAAGUGUAGUCAUCUGCUUCUUUCCUGGGCAGAGGACUUAA